UAUAUUAUAUGUUUAUUUAGAGAGCCUAUGGUCUGAUAUAAAUUCGGAGAUAUGCCACACUACCGGCAACAACGCAAACAAGCAAGCUAUGACAUCCAAUAUAGGUAGUAAUACUGAUACUCUUGGAGCUGACCAUGAAUACCACGAAAUCAGUGAUGAAGAAAAUCAAGAUAGUCCGUUAAAAUUUGAUAAGACAUUAAAUUUUGAUUUUGGCCCAAGUCUUUUGGCAGAAAUGGAUCAAAUGUUCAGAUCAUUAGGUUCUUCCCCUUCUGGUCAUUCUUUGUCCAUAGAACAUGAAUCAAGCAACGCAAGAAACGAAUUGAGGGAAAUUCAAGCAAAACAGUGCAAUAAAAAGAAGCAAGCCACCGUGAAGCCUAUCUCAGCUGCCGAUCAGAAAACUCUCUACUCAGCUAUUGCUAUGGCACAAGAAUUGACAGCACGUUCCAUGACAGAUCUUGAACAUCCUCCGGAGUCUCCUCGUACUCCUGCCAGUCCUUCAAGACGUAGGAAAUUCUCUUUUAAGUUGCCACAUCAACACAGCCCUAAGCCGGACAGACGACACUUUUCCGAAGAAGCUGCCAGUAUACCUGAUAUACAGGUCGCUCCGCGGGGAACAUUAUGUGAUCCUUGAGUUCUUCUAGAUCGUUUUGUGAAUAUAUUCCACUGGUCGUUAGUGCUCCUGGACUGAUGUAUUUCCAUGACGGUUUAGUUGAAGGCUUCAUAAUGGUAGGUGGUAAUGUCUCCACCGAUUUAAGCAUAAUUUUAUAUCAUGAGUUUCCCAAAAAACAGAUGCAAAAGAAUUACAGUAAUCUGAGUUCCGUGACGUGUUAAUACAUGCGUUUGCGGAGUCAGAAAAUAUGUUUCAUUUUAUUACUUCUUCAGCCAAAAGUGUCACAUAUCCAGGUUCCUUCAUAAAAUGAUACGUGAAAACGUCAGGCAAUCUAGCGGCUAGUAAUUCUUUUACACAAUUAGAAUUUUGUCGUGACAU